AACCUCGUGACGAUAGAGGCGGAAAGGACAGGGAAAUUAUAUUCAUGCGCGUUCCAAGUCGCCAUUUAUACAUGAUCCCGAUCGAUUAGCGUGAAUUUCCCAUCGGGUUUGGGGACGAAUAGCAGGACGUAAGAAGAAGGCGAAAGUGUGUAGGCGAAAAAAGAAGAAAUAAGGGGGGAAAAAUCAAUCUGAAGCUUGGUUGCCGGCUAGAGGCCGAAAAAGAUGGAUGCAAAAGGCAAGAAGAAAGAAAAAAAAGAUGCCUCGUGUAACGUAAAACAAAUAAAACAGCCGGGAUAAAAAAGAAAAAGUGUUCCCACUACUGCGCUUGAGUCACGCGGCAACUCCCGCGCGCAGACCCUGGCGCACGCACGCACGCACACACGCACAAUAGGGUGGGGGAGUUUUGUACCGUGUUGUAUAGAAGCUAGUGUUGGCCAGCUAGUAUUGAUUUGCUUGCCGUUCGUAACAGAACACUGGCAGCCAAGUGAGCAGAUCAUUUCACUUUUGCAGUUGAAAAGCGCCAUCAGCGCCUUUUAAUUUUUUUUUUUCGAGUGAAUGAAUUGAAAAAAAAAGAAAGAAAAGUGUCAACGAUAUAAUUCGAGUGUGUCUGUACAGGUUCGACUGAUAUAGUUCACAGCUGUGCUUCGAUUUUAGGAAACAAUAAAGGAGAUAAAUCAGGAAAAAUCAGCAUCAAGACGGCGGAGAAGAUGGCGCCCAAAGUGUCCGACGAGAAGGUCGUCGUCUUGGAAGAAAUAUGGGUGGAGUCCUCGUCGCCUUUUCCCUCUUCUUCAGCAACUUCACCCGCUCCAUUUUCGUCCUCUUCAGUGGCCGGUGCAGCAGCCGGAGUGACAGCUGAAAGUGAACCAUCUGUGCCGCCCACCAAAAGUGCGGGCAGCGAUAUGAGCGAAAUAGCCAGAGAAGAAAUGGCCAAGAUUGCCAAAGAAAUGGGAUUGCCCGUUUGGGCACUCUACUGCAUUGGAAUUGUAGUGGCCCUGGUAAUCUUGCUGAUAGCGUGCUGCUGCAUCCGGCGAUGCUGUCGCAAGCGGAGGCCCAAGGAUGCCAAAAAGGGACUCAAGGGAGCCGUCGAUCUCAAGUCAGUUCAGCUCCUCGGAAAUGCCUACAAAGAGAAGGUUCAGCCGGAUAUGGACGAACUGACCGACAACGUCGAGGACAUUGCCGUCGAAGGUGAAAAGAAGGAAGAACAGAAACUGGGCAAGUUGCAGUACAAGCUCGAAUACGAUUUCAACCAGAGCAAUUUGGUCGUGACGGUCCAUCAAGCGGAAGAAUUGCCUGCGCUGGAUAUGGGAGGCACUUCUGAUCCUUACGUCAAAGUCUACCUGCUGCCCGACAAGAAAAAGAAAUUCGAAACCAAAGUCCAUCGCAAAACGCUGAACCCCGUUUUCAACGAAAGUUUCACUUUCAAGGUGCCGUACGCUGACGCCAUGGCCAAGACGUUGGUGUUCGCCAUCUACGAUUUCGAUCGCUUCUCCAAACACGACCAGAUUGGUGAGGUUAAAGUGCCGCUGUGCAUGGUCGAUUUGGCCCAGACGAUCGAAGAAUGGGCCGAGGUGACCAGCGUCGAAGGCGAAGGCGGACAGGAAAACAAGUUGGGAGACAUUUGCUUCUCGUUGCGCUACGUUCCAACAGCCGGAAAACUUACUGUCGUUAUCUUGGAGGCUAAGAAUUUGAAGAAAAUGGACGUCGGUGGACUUUCAGAUCCUUAUGUCAAAAUCGCCCUGAUGCAGAAUGGCAAACGAUUAAAGAAGAAGAAAACGAGCAUCAAAAAGUGCACCCUUAAUCCGUACUAUAACGAAUCGUUUACUUUCGAGGUUCCCUUCGAACAGAUCCAGAAAGUGCAACUGAUCGUCACCGUCGUCGAUUACGAUCGCAUUGGUACAUCCGAUCCAAUUGGUAAAGCCGUCCUGGGCUGCAACGCCACCGGAACUGAAUUGCGUCAUUGGUCGGACAUGUUAGCCUCACCUCGACGCCCCAUCGCCCAGUGGCACACGCUGAAGGAGCCCGACGAUGGGGACAAGAAAGAUUAAGAAGAUAAACAAGAAGCUGCAGACACAAAAUGAGAAAUUGACUAUCAAAAGUCUCGUCGUUUUCAGCAUCCGUACUCGUUUCCAAUCAUUCCCGUAUUUAUUUGCCCUUUUUUUUGUGUUAUGGUUUCAAACAUUUAAAAAUUAAAGGGGCAGAAGAGAAACAAAAAUGAACCCAACACCGAAUGGGAAAUCGAAAGACUUGCUUCUAAUUUGUUUUACCGUCUUCUUUUGGGUUUCUUUUCCGUUUCGCGUCAAUGUGUAUAUCUAUCUCCUCUUCUGCGUGUAUCCUUUUAAUUAUCUCCCAAUUCCUGUCCUACUACCCGUCUCCUACUCCAUUUUUCCAUGUUCCUGAGAAGAGACGACACAGAGAGAUAGUAUCAUGUAAUCAAUUAGAGUGGUCCUCUUUUUUUUCCGGUUCUAAACCCGCGUUUGGACAGUCGAGUUGGAUCAGUCACUUGUAGAUGUGACGUUGCACAUAGUACCAACAGUUACGCCACCAACUCGUCUCUCGAUCUCUCUCUCUGUCUCGUUCUUAUUUCCGCUUUCAUCCCUCGUCACCCACUCAUUCCGUGCUGUGUCUUGUUCGUUGUCGGCGAGUUAUAUAUAGAGAGAAAACUUACCUAUAGUCCCACGUGAUUCUUCUCUUUUUUCCGUAUUGUUGUUCAGUAUAAUCAGGAAAAGAGAGAAAUCCGAUGAAGCGCCAGCCUCCCCUCUCUGCUGAACUCUUCGUCGCGAUCACUUAUUAUUAUUUAUAGACUUUCUUCUGAAUUAUCAGCUAAAUGAAUCGUUUCUUGCCCCCUUUUGAAAUGAAAAAGGGUCAUUGAUUGUCCGUUUCAUUGUUUUAGCUCGGUCACUUUCAUUGUCGCCGGCGUGCAGUGCUGAGAAAGCGACAGGCAGCAGAUAUUGUGUUACAGUUUACUUUUAAGAUAUCAAUUUCCAGUUUCAAUAUUUAUACUGUAUACCUGUCGGAUAAUGUGAGAAAGCCACGACGAAAAAAUUAGGAAAACGAUGAAGAAAUCACGGUUUGGAAGAACAAUGUACGCCAUCGGCACUAGUUCUUCUUUCCAACACACGUACACUUUUGACACGUUUCCCCUGACCCUUGUCAUUAGAAUUUCGUUACAUCAAACAACACUUUUUUCUUGCUACUUGGAAACUUUUAUCAAUAUCAUUGUGUUAUCAUUUCGUUUGGGUAUUUUUAUUGUCAUAAAUCGAUGGUAAAAUUACUGUAUCAGGAUUUCGCAGAAGGAUGAAAAAACAAAACAAAAAGGAAACAAUAGCAACGCCAGUCUUGAUUAUUCGCAUGGUUAGAGAAUGAAAAUACAUUGUCUUUGUUGGUUCA